AUGGCCUCGCCUACUUCGGACGCUAAGAAGCGUAGGAGUAGUAGUACCGCCAAAGCAAAAGAGAUCUUUACACAGGCCAAGAACUCGCUGAUACAUGGCGAUCGUGAGGGACCGCAGACGCCUAUACAAAAGCUGAGCAAAACCGAUGCCGCCCUCAGUGUGCCUCAAGGUUCCAACAACAACUCUGCUGGAGAAUCGCAACCUACCCCGAACUCGUCGUUCUUGGUUGGUGUAACAGAGGAUAAAAACAAGAAAUGCAGGAGGACUAUGGAGGACACUCAUUCCUACUUGUACAACUUCCUAGGUACACCGGCCCCGGUCCUGCCUACUGAAGGCAGCCCCAAGCAAACAAGAACCAACGAGGCUGGAAUAAACCUCAAUAAGAUCCCCAGCGACCCAGCUCAGCACGUGGUAGAGACUGACAAUGGCUACUUCGCUAUCUUCGAUGGACAUGCGGGGACAUUUGCGGCAGAGUGGUGCGGCAAGAAACUCCAUGUCAUCCUGGAGGAUUUAAUGCGCAAGAAUCCAAAUAUACCUGUGCCUGAGCUGCUCGACCAGACGUUCACCACCGUGGACAACCAGCUUGAAAAAUUACCUCUGAAGAACAGUGGCUGUACAGUUGUGUGCGCUGUACUCCGAUGGGAGGAUCGCGUGCCCACUUCUACAUCUGCUACGGGUUCUGCUGCAAUUGCUCCUCUUGCUGCGGCUGCCGUGAGCAAAGCUGAGCAGGAAAACGAGGACGGCGAAGUUCAAGCUGAGACAAAGAGAUCGAACUCUACAGCCGAGGUAGCAGCGCGGGCUAUUCAAGAGGCGAAGAAGACUGCUACACGACAGCGUGUGUUAUAUACUGCUAAUGUUGGCGACGCUCGUAUUGUGCUAUGCAGGAACGGAAAAGCACUACGGUUAUCGUACGAUCACAAAGGCAUGGAUGAGAAUGAAGGUCGAAGAAUUUCCAAAGCUGGUGGCCUGAUCCUGAACAAUCGAGUCAAUGGUGUGCUAGCAGUGACCAGAGCACUGGGAGACUCCUACUUGAAAGACCUUGUAACUGGCCAUCCAUAUACAACGGAGACAGUUAUACAGCCGGAUCAGGAUGAAUUUCUGAUCCUAGCAUGCGACGGGCUCUGGGACGUAUGCUCUGAUCAAGAAGCCGUUGAGCUUAUACGCAAUACUCCAAGCCCUCAAGAAGCAUCGAGAAUGCUGGUUGAGCAUGCCCUGGGAAAGUUCUCAACAGACAAUUUGUCGGUCAUGGUGGUACGUUUCGACUCGAACAAGGUGCGAAACAACACGAGUUUGGACAUUGGGGUUGAGCAUGAGGGUCGUGACAAGACAGCAAUUAGUGAAGUAGAGAUGAUUGUUAGCGAAGCUCGACGGAAUUCCGGUAUUCCACCUGAAGGGUUGUCAUUGACGGAGAAGGAUGAACAGGAGAUUCACAAUAUGGUUGUCAGGGAAGACAAUGAGAGACAAGAGACAGGGCCAGAGCUGACACCGGAAGGCAACGCAAUUGCGGAAAGACAGGUAAAAGAGAAAUCGGAAGCAGGAGCGCGUUCUUAG